AAUAGUGCCUCCCUUUCUCAGUUUUUCUCCACUUCAGUUUGUCCUUUCAAACAUAGAAACCCCGGGAACCCCAAUGCAAACACACUGUCCUUAUUACCCCAUGAAAACAUAGUAAUAUAGAUUAAAACACAACAAAGACACACAUUUCCAAAUUUCAAAAAUCCCCCAUUUUUCAACUAAACAUAUAUAGUAUAAACUUCAACCUUAAUGGGUGAAGUUGUGUUAGAGGGAAAAACUCCGGCGAUCCAACCACCGGUGGCGGCGGCAGAAGCGUCGGAGACAGGGACUAUGAGUGGGCCGUUAGUGUCUGCUCCGGCGUAUCUGAUAAGCCGGAAAGUUAGGCCAGCAACCAUUGAUGGAGUUCAUGUAAUAUUAAGGCUUGUUUGUUUAAUGACUUGUGUUGUAGGACUUAGUUUAAUGGUGACUGCAAAACAAUCAUCAACUCUUUCUCUUUAUGGCUUUCAGCUCCCUGUUUAUGCUCACUGGUCUUAUUCUGACUCCUUUGAGUAUCUGGUUGGAGUUUCAGGAGCAGUUGUGGCUCACUCUUUACUUCAGUUGCUAAUUAGUGCGUCGAGGUUGCGAAGGAAAGCUCUUGUUAUUCCUUCUCAGAGAUAUGCAUGGGUUAUCUAUGCUGGUGAUCAGAUUUUUGCAUAUGCACUGAUGAGUGCAGGCUCAGCAGCCUCAGGGGUGACUAGCCUGAACCGAACAGGAAUCCGACACACAGCAUUGCCCAAUUUCUGCAAGCCCUUGCACGCCUUCUGUAAUCGAGUUGCUGCCUCCAUCGCGCUCACCUUCUUGAGUUGCUUCUUGCUUGCUGCCUCUGCUGUUCUUGAUGUUAUUUGGUUAACUUGUUACUGAUUUUUAACUGAUCUAGAACCUAUUCCUGCUAUAUAUCCUUGUGAAUAACAAGGUUCUCUGGAGAUGUAUUCUGGUGAUCAAUCCAUUAGACUCGAUUCCUCGAGUGAGAUUUGUAAAUGUUGGAAAUUGGAAGUAACAUCUUGAUUGAAUGAUUGAAUCAUCUUAAAAUCCUAUUUUGAGAAAUUGAAGCAUAUAGUAGUUCAUCAAAGAACUGUGGCUAAAGCUUCAUUUUUAUUUAUUUA